CGCGGCUCACAUCACAAGGCCUCAACUUAGUUUUGGAGGAUCCAAAACAGAGACUGCGAUGAGACGAGGAGGGCGGCGACGGCUUUCAUUCAGACAUUAACCCUCUUCAGGAGACCGGCCGAGGAUUAAACCGUGCUAAUAAAUCCAAGACAACAAAGUGUUCAGACAGCAAAUCCCUCCACCUCUGAGCACCAGUGCUUCUCCAGUGUUUGCGCUGUCAGGGUGAUGUCAGCAGCCUGUCUCGUGCGCCUGGCAAGGUGCAGUGGUCCUCAUUUGGGUCGCAGUGGUCUUCUGCACAUGGCCCCGGUCCCACUAACAUCCCAGCAGGACAGCCACCUCCAGUUCACAAUCUCCCGGAGACACAUUUACAGCCCUACAGGAAGACAGUACAGCAACACACGCUUUGAUCCAGACAGCAGCGGCCGACCCACUACCUGGGAUUCGUUCGGCAUCUGGGACAAUCGUAUCGACGAGCCCAUCCUGCUGCCCUCCAGCAUUCGCUACGGCAAGCCCAUUCCCAAAGUCAGCUUAUCGAAAGUAGGCUGCGCCUCACUCAUCGGUCAGCGCAAGGAAAAUGAAGACCGCUACCAGCUCUCCCAAAUGACUGACGACAUCCUCUACUUUGCUGUGUUUGAUGGGCAUGGCGGGCCAGAAGCAGCCGACUUUUGUGAGAAAUAUAUGGAGAAAUUCAUCAAGGACCUUGUGAAAGAGGAGUCUAAUCUGGAAUUAGUUUUAAAGAAGGCCUUCCUCGAAGUAGACAAAGCUCUCAUGAAGCACUUGCAUUUCUCUCCAAACGUACCCGGGGUAAAUCCAGGAACCACCUCCACUGUGGCCCUGCUGAGGGACGGCAUUGAGCUGGUGGUGGGCAGUGUGGGCGACAGCCGCGCCAUGCUGUGCCGCAAGGGCAAGGCCCUUAAACUCACUGUCGACCACACUCCUGAGAGGAAGGACGAGAAAGAGAGGAUAAAGAGAAGUGGGGGUUUUAUCACCUGGAAUAGUCUGGGACAGCCAAACGUCAACGGCAGGCUGGCCAUGACACGCAGCAUCGGAGACUUUGACCUGAAGAACACGGGCGUUGUCGCCGAGCCGGAGACCAAGAGAAUAUCGCUGCACCACGUCCACGACUCGUUCCUGGCGCUGACCACAGACGGGAUUAACUUCAUCAUGAAUAGUCAGGAGAUCUGCAAUGUCAUCAACCAGUGUCACGACCCAAAGGAGGCAGCUCAGAGAAUAUCUGACCAGGCUCUUCAGUAUGGCUCCGAGGACAACAGCACAAUAAUCGUGGUGCCCUUCGGCGCUUGGGGAAAACACGAGAGUUCUGACUCAAAUUUCUCCUUCAGCAGAAGUUUCGUGUCGAGCGGACGCUGGGCGUAGUCGGCAGCAGGACGUCGGAUGAAAAGGUGCUGUCUCUGGGCCUAAUUAAUGUGUGCAAUAAAAAUCAAACAACAGUUCUCCUUGUGGAAACGUUCGAAAUAGUGUGCUUUGCCCAAACAAUUAAUACCUAAUGAGGGUUAUUAGCCUCUGUGGAAGAAGAGGCGGUGAAUUCAUGAUGUGCACUAAAAGAAAAAAAACAUCCUCUUUGUAAUAAGGUUUUAUCUACUAGUAAGCCAAUGACCUUAAAGGUGCUAAAAGCUGGUAAGUGUCCGAAUGGCAGACACUCAGGUGCUGACUGUCUGCCAUUCAGAUCAUUUUUUAUCUUUUUAGCUGUUCAUAAAGCCCAAGUUUGCACUUUGUUGUUUUCAUGUUUAACUUAACUCAACGUCAUCUGGAUUUUAGCAGUUGUUUGACUUUUCUCAGCGUUAACAGCAUAGAGGAAAGCUACUGAACUUAAAUUAAUCUGAGAGUUAAUUCAGCCUUUGUAUGAAAAUAAACAAAUCUACUUAAAUGUUCAUAGAACAUCCAGAAUACUGAAACAACUGGAAUUGAUAUAAGUAGCAGGAACAUCUUAAUGACUUAAUCUUAAUCUUUGCCCCCGUCUUCCCCGCAAACGUUCAACAUAUUGUUUUCUUUCUACUUCUAAUACUGACUUAAAAGCACCAUUUUAAAAAAAGAAGAAAAAAAGCAUUGAUGCUCAAUUGCACAGUCGUGACAGUUUUGGGAGAAGAUGAACAAAAAAACCCUGAAUGUUCUGUGAUCUUGUGAACAAAGUGUGAAGAGUCUGACAUGUAUUUAAAAAAAUAUAUAAGAUAUUCAUGUUUUCUUGCAGUUGAAGCAUCGCUCACGCUUGUUUAAGUGUUAAUAUCUGUACUGAUUUGAAACGGGUGUUGUUCGGGGCACUAAAGCGUGUUGAGGGUACAGAAAUGUAUAGUUUUGUAAAUAAUUCUAUUUAUGUACAUCUGGAGAACUGAUCGUUCUGUGUUGCAUUUAGCGAUAAUAACUCAUCUGAAGAGGAUCUCUCAUAUGAGAAUAUUUCACACGUACGGGAACUCUGCCGAAGGAGCUUGUAUUGUUUAAAGCUGCACCAUUCUGACCUGUUACAAUCCUCAUUUUCACCACGUAUGUGUCACCCAGAAAGAGCGAAGCACACUUAAUGCAACACUAAAGAAGUGUUCAGCUAAGAGCCAUGUAUGACAAUGUGAAUGUUUGCUUCAAUGCCCUCCAUGAUUAAAGAAUACAAUCAAAACCCUGCAGGGUGUAGGAGUAAUUAAGCUGUAUACGUAAGUUGUCUUGGUUGACCUGAUGUGAGUGGUUUCCGGUGUAAGGGCAGAUUCAACGUUACAUCGUGCAGUUUUCUUUUUUGUUCUGUGCUUGUUAAAACUAACACUUCAUAUUUAUCAGCCAUCUGCGAGACUUCAUUUGUCGCCAUCCUCAAACUCAUUUAUAAAUGUUUUGUAAAUAAUGUUUUCCUCCACGUUCACCUAUUGAAUGAAACUGAUUUUAUUAUAAGGACUUUAACUUUAUGAUUAACACAUAAUUAUUACAGCUAUUUAAAGUUCUGUAUCACACUGUGUUCAGUUUCUAUUCACUGUAUUUUGUUUCAAUGCCGUUCAAAUAUAAUCAUUGCAGCUAUGGAUUUGUAUCUGGGACCUAAAUGUGACUGUUACCUACACUCUUGUUAGUACUGUAUUUUUGGUCUGAAUGGCUGUAAGACACUGCAAUUAAAAACUAUAUACCAAAAAAUG